UUAAUUUUUUCAUAAAUUUAAGUGGUUGUUGUACGAAAUUCGUUGAUAAAGUAGUUCUAAAGCCCGCAAUGAUGAAUAUGUGCUUAAAAUAGUCAAAAUUAAAAUUAUGAAGCAGUGGGACCAAGUUUAUUUAAAGGCAUUUCCUGUUAUCAGACAAAAUAAGCAUUGUUUGUAUCUAUAAGUUGUAAAAUGAACACAGCAUGUCUUUUUUGAGUACUACCGAAAAUGUGGGUGGCAUUCCACAAAAUAUAUCAGACGGAAGCUGUGCAACUCAAUACAAGUUGGCAGUGGAGGGUGUCUCGGGGAAUUGUGGAGAUGUUAACAUGUUCAUACAGGACAGUUCGGGUGAUGAGCAGACUUACAUACCACACUUGAAUGAAAAUUUCUUCCAAACCAAAUUUAAAAUAGAUCCCAACGAGCUUUACACAUUUCAUGACUCCGACAUCAUCGCUGGAGAAAUAACUGUUAGUCAUACAGAUGACAACUUCAUGUUCCCUGAUAAUGUAGAAGUAAAGGCCAAGUUUUUGGACAGCCCGAACAACGAGGUGGAUCUUCAGAUCAAAGGCUCUCUUCCUAAUGGAGAAGUCAUCAGGGAUGAAAUCAAGCUUGAGAUUGUUCCUAAUGGUCAUUUUAUGCCUGAGCCUAAGCAACCCAUGACUCCCAAUUACAAAGAUGUGAAGAGUACUAAUACCAAAGUUCAGAAAGCAAAGAAUCCAAGUGUUGGGAAAGAAAUCAGUCGGAGUAACUCUGUUGAAGCGAGACGGCCAAGUGUUCACAGCCCUAAGGGCCAAUCUAAUAAUGUAGCGUCAUGUAAGAAAGUCAGUAUUAAUAGUGUUAAUACUAAUCAUAUUAAGUCCUCAUCAAAUCCUAAACUGUUGGGGUCGGAAACAUUUCUGGAUGUAUUUAAAAGAGAGCAAGGGUUGGUUGAGAAUGCCCCAGCAGUUAUAAAGACUGAGUCUCCUGCUGCACCCCCACCUAAAGCGCCACCAUCUUCGGUGAAGAAAACACCAUCAGCCAAGUCGUCCCAAAGCAAAGUCCGACGAGGCCGUGGGCCGGCGGUCCACGAGGCCCUACAACGGAUACCCACACCUCGCGCCGUACCCGUCCCAAACAGGGCUUGGCACGCCCCUGGGGACAGCCUGUUUGACUGUGGACCUCUUGACGAUAGGAAACCGGGGCUGAGACAGCUUGAGAGCAGUAGUAGUGACGAUGAUAAUAUUCCUGAGUUUGAAUUAGGCACCGGGCCAGUCUGCGUGGAAGAAAGCUCAGCAGAAUCGCGAGGGGCUCGCUUAGCGCUUCGCAGAGCCGCUUUAAGAAGGCACGUGGUCAGAGCGGACACCUCUCUACGUCUAGCGAGAGACUAUCGGGAGCAUAAGUCACUUGCUGCUAUCAUCAAGAAACAGCUGAACGGGCAAGGAUCGUCGUGCCGGCUGCCAACCCAGAUGGUGAAUCAUUUGUUGGCGAUGCGCGGCAUGCCCGAAGUACUGUCUUCGCGAGAACGCCGGAGGCUCAGAGAAAUCGGCUGGUCAGGCGGCGAGAGCGGCUCUCUAAAGCCCUGCCUCGGCUCCGCCUGUUCCGAGGACGGUUGCGAAGCCCCGCGCCUCCCCUGCGGGCGAUACUGUCUAUCACACGUCACGUUGGCGCCCGAACAACGACUAUAUGCGUCGUGUGCGGCGGUCUUUGCCGGCGGAGCGAGAUGCAAGCAGCCCAUACUGCCACUUCAAGAGCAAACGCCGCUGUGUGCUGAACAUGCGUGGAAGCGGGACAACUACGACAAGCUAAGCCGCGACAACAAGCCGAAGAAACUCGUCCGCAAGCGCGUAUUGCCGCCAACGCCGCGCCGCGCGAAACGCCGACGGCGUCUGCCCAAGCGGGCGGUGCCUACACCCAACCAAUCGCUCUCAGAAAUCAACGUGUGCUCGAAUUCGUCGGCAUACGACAGCUCGGAAGACACUGGUAUGGGUGCGCUCAGCGAAAACGAGUUCAUCGUCUCGGCCACCAACUCGCACGAACUUGAAGUGGGCGAAGUGGGCCAAGUGCCGCCUGACGACAUUCUCGACCCGGCCGUGCUCAGCCAGAUCCCAGACGAGGCGUUCACGGAGUUCUUCAAUCAAGGUGGCACGUCAUUCGCUGAGAGCUCUGAGCUGGCCGCGGCAUUGGAGGCCGUGCUGGACGAACGCGCGCUGGACAGUAUCGGGGACGUGUUCCAGCAUUCGCCGCACCAGCCCAAGCCUAAGAGUUCUGAUCUGGCUGCGGCUUUGGAGGCCGUGCUGGACGAACGCGCGCUGGACAGUAUCGGGGACGUGUUCCAGCAUUCGCCGCACCAGCCCAAGCCUAAGAGUUCUGAUCUGGCUGCGGCUUUGGAGGCCGUGCUGGACGAACGCGCGCUGGACAGUAUCGGGGACGUGUUCCAGCAUUCGCCGCACCAGCCCAAGCCUAAGAGUUCUGAUCUGGCUGCGGCUUUGGAGGCCGUGCUGGACGAACGCGCGCUGGACAGUAUCGGGGACGUGUUCCAGCAUUCGCCGCACCAGCCCAAGCCUAAGAGUUCUGAUCUGGCUGCGGCUUUGGAGGCCGUGCUGGACGAACGCGCGCUGGACAGUAUCGGGGACGUGUUCCAGCAUUCGCCGCACCAGCCCAAGCCUAAGAGUUCUGAUCUGGCUGCGGCUUUGGAGGCCGUGCUGGACGAACGCGCGCUGGACAGUAUCGGGGACGUGUUCCAGCAUUCGCCGCACCAGCCCAAGCCUAAGAGUUCUGAUCUGGCUGCGGCUUUGGAGGCCGUGCUGGACGAACGCGCGCUGGACAGUAUCGGGGACGUGUUCCAGCAUUCGCCGCACCAGCCCAAGCCUAAGGUCGCCAUGUGA